CCUGCGCCUUCGCCAGCGCCUCUCACUCGGGCACGAUGGAGGACGAGGAGGGCUACAUGCCAUUCAACCUGCGGCCCAAGCAGGGCGGCUCCGGUGGCCCAUCCCCAGCUUGGAACCAAGGCUCCCGUCAGUGUCCUGGCUGGCUUCAGGUCGCUCUAGGGGCUGGGAAUCUCAUCCUGGCAGUGACUGUGCUAUUGCUGGCGGUUUGUGUUUCCCAUUUGGUGUCUGAGAAGGGACAGACCCCGACACCCCCUGGGAGCGACGGAGCCGGGAGCAGAGGUACAGCGACACCCCCUGGGAGCGACGGAGCCGGGAGCAGAGAUACAGCGACACCCCCUGGGAGCGACAGAGCCGGGAGCAGAGACCCCAGCACAGCAGAAUGCAGCGCCCGCCUGGAGCGUUUCCGAUCCCAGCUGUGCCCCCCGGCCCCGCCCGGCCCAGCAGGGGGCUCCGGGUGCAAACUCUGCCCCACGGACUGGCAGCUGCGCGGGGACAAGUGCUACUGGGUCUCCAGAAGAGGUAAAACGUGGAGCGAGAGCCGCGCCGACUGCUCAGCGAGGGGCUCCCAGCUGCUGGUGAUCCGGGACCGGGAGGAGCUGGAGUUCAUAAAGGACCUGACAACACAUUCACAUCUGUUCUGGAUUGGACUGUCCGUCCCCUCCCCGCAGAAGGCCUGGACCUGGCUGGACGGCUCUCGGCUGGAUCAGACCCAGUUUCUGGUGUCAGACCCGGUUGAGAACAGCUGUGGGGCGGUGUGGGGGAAAUGGAUUCAUUCUGAUGCCUGCAGCUCUGUACUUCACUGGAUUUGCCGGAGAGACGCCGUCCCGCUCUGAAUGGGGCAUCCAGGGCCUUUCAUCAAUAAAACCAUCAUGAAUGAUCCUUAA